UGGGGCAGGUGAAGGUGCGCAGGAACCUGAGCUCUCCAGGACAGCUGGAGACCAUAGGGGCGUUAGUUCCAACGUCCUUCCUGCGGCCGCUAGAGGGGACCCCCUCCAGCCACUCGCCUGCGCGAACUCCCCGCCAGAUUCAGACUGGCAGGUGUUCUGGCAAAUCAAGUCUCGGCCUUCGAAAGCAAAACACUGCAGCACCCCGGCAACUCGAGUUCGGGAAGGAAUAAGGAGGCUGUGCCUCCGGGUUGCGCGAAGAGCCCGAGUCAUUUCUCUGGAACCUCCGAUAGGUGGGCCUCGGAGGAAACGCGGCUGAGCACUGCAAGGAUCAGGAAAUGCACCCUUGUCUGUGUGCUUGGGAGACAGAAACCACCACUUCUCUGAGUGAAGACGAAAACAAAUAAGCCAGCCACAAGAGCUUGAAGUACUCUUCCAGAGGGUGAAAGCGUGAAAGCGAUGGCUGGUAGAAGGAGGUGAGCACCACGAGGAAAGAUGGCUUCCGGCUUUGGUCCCGCUUAGCAGCAGCUCCAGCCACCAAGCCAGGCCUGGCGGGAUGUGCCACCAGACCACCAUGGACGCAGCCCACGGUGGAGCCCUGCAGCUGCAGCAGCUCCUGCCCACGAGCAGUGCCGGUUCCCUGAGCGACAGCUCCUUCUCCUAUAAGGAAAACCUGAUCGGCGCCCUUUUGGCAAUUUUCGGGCACCUCGUGGUCAGCAUUGCACUUAACCUCCAGAAGUACUGCCACAUCCGCCUGGCAGGCUCCAAGGACCCCCGGGCUUAUUUCAAGACCAAAACGUGGUGGCUGGGCCUGUUUCUGAUGCUGCUGGGCGAGCUGGGCGUGUUCGCCUCCUACGCCUUCGCUCCACUCUCGCUGAUCGUGCCCCUCAGCGUGGUCUCCGUGAUAGGUAAGGCCGCAGUCCCCCAAUCCCGCGCCCCAGAUGCACUGCCUUUCACUGGGAUUGAGGCUGGUGUGGAGCAUAGGGCGGGGGCCUGUGUGACUUUCUCCUUCAUGCAGCAUCCACUCCCUGGGCCUGCAACCCUGUGUUUACCUUUUUUGCUGUUAACUGGGUACCCCUCCCGACAUCACUGUGGUUUUAUUUCUCUUCCUCCCUUAUCUCUGUUCCUCAGGUGCCUCAUCGCCUUCUUGGGUGUCUUCUUAAUCACACGUAACAGGAAAAAGUUCAUUCCAUUUGAGCCCUAUAUUUCCAUGGAUGCCAUGCCAGGUAUGCAAAACAUGCAUGACAAGGGGAUGACAGUCCAGCCUGACCUCAAAGCUUCUUUUUCCUAUGGGGCCCUGGAAAACAAUGACAACAUUUCUGAGAUCUACGCUCCAGCCACACUGCCCGUCAUGCAAGAAGAACACAGCUCUAGAAGCGCCUCUGGGGUUCCCUACCGAGUCCUGGAACACAACAAGAAGAAAUGAGUGCACUUGAAGACUUCCUUCCCCUCCAUAAUUACUGCUCUAGAUGUGCUCACAGUCGUUCAACCCUUCAUUCUAAAACUGGCCUUUGAAGUCUUAUUUUUUUAAACCCAGAACUCUUUGGAUGGGGAUCUCGAAAAGCCUUUUCUCUGGCAAAGGAUACAUUACCUGGUCUUAGAAAUGUCAAAUGAUGAGGUUUCAGGGGUAGGAGGAGGAGGGUGGGCAGCAUGGAAUUCAGCCUCUGCCUGGGUUAGCCUGACCGGAUUCGGAAAGCUUUCGUCCUCCUUGAGGAUGGUAACUGAGCUUCCUCAGUCUAUGACCAAAGGUCGCCACGUUCUGCAGAGCUGAAGCCGGGCAGAGAUUCUGCUCUAACUUUCCAGACCUAGCGAAAGGCUGGAGACCUCUGACUAAUCUUGGCCUCACCUCACGUGCUGGUCUCAUCUCUCCCCCGUCUCCCUCAUGAUUCCAUAUUUGCGGUCACACUUUUGUCAUCUUCACGUGGCAUAGUGGGCCAGCCCAGGGUGGCACAUUCUGUCAUUUGCCUGUAGGAAAUGCACUUCUGCCUCCAGUUGUCUGUGCCCUUCCAGUGGGAAUGUGCUUGGUGUGUUUAUACUGCACUGGAAACUAAUUUAUUUUUGGUUCUGUGAACUAUUUGAUUGCUUCCCCUCUUCCCCCACUCCACAAAGGUACUAGGAAGCUAGGAAAGGGGGAGAAUAAGGACAGCAACAGGAUAAUACUUCAGCCCUCCAAGGAGAAAAAUCCCUUUUUUCAUCUUACAAAAGGUGAUUGCUUCGUUUAUAAAAGGAUAGAAAACCUGGCCGUUUUGUGUGUUUUCCUGCACAUCAAUGACUUCUGCACAUCAAUGAAAAUUGCGGGGGGUGCUCAUUUCAGAGAUAGCCUCCCUCACCCCUUCUCCUGCCUCUUUUAUAGAUUGACAGACCAGGCCUGAGUUAUUGGUUCAUUUCUCUGAAGUCGGUAGAGACUCUCGGUCCUCAUCCCCAUGCACUUACAUCUGGAGAAACAAGCAUUCUCAGAAAUGGGGCUGCAUUUCGUUCGGGCUGCGUGCAUGAUUGUCUUUGCCUAGACUGCCUGUGUAUGUUGACAAAGACAGGUGAAAGUUCACAAGCUUUAAUUAGCAUAAGGGUCCCUUAGGGAGUGUAUUUAAAAUCCAGAUUUCUACUCCCAACCACAGAUACUCUAAGUGGGACUGGGGUGGGGCCCAAGUGUCUGCUUUCCUAACUGGAAGCAGAGAUGAUUUUGAUACAAGUGAUCCAAGGAUCACACACCUUGAAAGGCUAAUACUGAGAGAAGUUGUCUGCUAAAACCCCCAGAGGCCAGCACAUCCCUGCUGAAUGUUGGAAUUGCCAUUGUUUGUUUCCUCUCUGGGGUUUAUUUAGCAGGUCGAAUAAUCCCCAUAGGAUCCAUGGCAUUUCUCCAUCCCGUUAUUACUACCUAGAACUAUACUUACUGCUCCCCUAGGCAGCCUUUAGCUAAUAGCCGAGGUAACAGUGUUAAUAGACCAAUGUUUUUAGAUCAUUAACCUUUAUGGAUUGUGCAUAGUACUGAUUUAGUACCUUGACUUAAGCAACUGACAUCUGUUGCCUGUGAUAGCCACUUCUGUAUUGUGUCUUAACCACUCGGUAUUGUGUCUUACAUGCCUGAGAAGGCAGCAGACAAUGACUUUUUUCCCUUUAGGAUAGGUAUCAACCCAAUUCAACAGUGUUUAUGAGACACUUACUAGGUGUUAAGCAUUUGGGUGAUGAAGGCUACUAAGAGUAAGAAUGGCUCCUGCCCUGCAGACCAGCAGGGGAGACAGAGAUACUCAGGGACCCGGCAGGGCCGGCCAUGAUAGGUGCAAAAUGCAACACUGGGCUGCGGAAAAUGACAGCUACGGAGGCCCUGAGCCUGGACUGGGUACUCAGAAUUGGAGAUGAUUUUGGCCUUACUCAUUGAUGGGAGGCAAAUCUAGCUAAGACUUGAGCAAAGCAUAAAAAGUAGGGUGACCAACCGUCAGGCAGAGGGACCAGCAUUGGAAAGGCACAGAGAUAGGGAGGGGGGUUGACCAAGAAAGGAGAGCUGGAGGAGGUGCUGGGAAGGAUAAGCAGCGGACGCUGAGUCAUGCAACUACCUGGCCACGGAGUUGAAAGUGUAACUUAGAGGGCACGGGAACCAUUGAUGGUUCAUGAGGAAGGGAAUGGCAGGAUCAGCAAGGGGCAGAAAGGAGGCCUCAUGCAGUGUGGAGGCCAUUUAAAUGUGACAAAUGCAGGGACUCAUUUUUGGCUAUUAUACGUCCCUAACCUUACUCUACCCUCUUCCAUUUUGUGAUAUGGGCCUUUCAGCCUCAAGCCCGGCAAGAAUGGUACAAGUAGAUAAAAGUGCAGUGUAAUUCCCAGUCAGCUGGUGAUCGUGGCUUCAGUGCCACCCAGGCACUGCUGUUGGGGCCGCUGCAGCCGCUUUGCCACCAGGGUGGAAGCAGUGGUGGCGGGCGGUGAAGCUGCACUGUGAGAAGGCUGAGCAGGGAGUUGCUGAGUGCUUUCCUGAGGGAAAGCCCGGGUUUGGUCACCCAGGUGUUUGGGAGGAACAGCCGAUGUGGAGCCAUGGUCUCCAGAACUCUGUAUCCUCGGGCUGACUUGCCCUGGUCUUUGUCCCAACUGUACAUGGACUGUGUGCUACUGGCAGAUCAGCAGCACUUGCUAUGUGGCCAGGGCAGGAAGACAUCAGCUUUCCACUUGUAGCCCUGAUGCAUUAUUUUUGUCUUAUGGCUCUGACAUCCUCAAGCCCUCUUGAAUGCUCUAAGCGACAUUAAAUAUAAUGCCUCUACCCCUUCCUAGCAGCCAGUGCCUAUAACAAGGUCUCCAUCUUGGGUUUAAGCUUUUCAUUGUUCUUUGAUCUUCCUCUCCCACCCCACACUGUCCCCCUCUUCUAAAGGCUAGGAUUCUGGGUUCCUUAAUCAGACAUUAAAACCAGUUCUUCACAGACUAGUGCCUGUGCGUUUUGAUGAGAACUCAACCUCUAUCCCCUGACCCCUCUCAUGAAGUCACAGAUCUGAUGGUUCCAUCACUCUAAGCUUCAGGUCAUGUGUGGUUUUUGCAGCAUGGAAUUGGAUGCUGGGUAAGAAAGGGAGAAAUGGCAUCUUCAUUGCUUUUCUGGUGGAAGCCUGGGAGCUUGAUUGUGCUGUGUGCAUACAAGACGUCCAUCAAGGCGGUGUUGGAGAACCUCUACCCUGCAGUCUUGUGAAUUCCAAAUCUGGUCCAACACUGGCUGAUAGGAAAAAUAAUUUUACUGUGUUUCUUUGAGAAGCUAUGUAAAUGAAGUCACCUUAGAUUAUAUAUAUUCUUUGUGGAUGCUUAUAUUUUGUUAACUUUGUGACUCAUAUGACAUGUCUUAUUUUUCAAAAAAAAAAUGUGUGCUACGUGCAGAUAACAUUAUGAGGUAGUAUUUAAUUAAACAAAUCCAUGUGAUACCUGUUCA